AUGACUGUCAAACAACAACUGAGCAUCCACAAUGGCUACAAUUUUCACAGAUGGGAUCAUUCUGAAAACUGGCUUGUACCGAAUGAAGAACAACAGUUUAUAGAAUCGAGAGGGAGAUACGUCAAAAUUUUGCUCGAGGAUGACGACUAUGAAUAUAUGAGCGGUCAUGUAAUUGAUGGAAGAAAUUUGCUACCCGCGACGAGUUACUUGGGACUUGUUUGGAAAACAAUUGGCAUGAUAAAAGGGUUAAUGUACACAACAAUACCGAUAGUUUUUCGAGAUGUAAAAUUUAUUCGUGCAACUCAUUUAUCAAAAAAUGAUGCUGUACAACUAUAUGUUUCAAUACAGAGAGAUGGAAAGUUCGAAAUAACCGAAGGAGAUAGCGUUGUUGUCACAGGUACAGUGUACGAGGCAUUAAAUCCAGAACAAGAAAUGAUUCCGAUAAACAUAUUAUCGGAAAAUUAUGAUGAAGAUGAAGAUAUGACUGCACGAGAUAUCUACAAAGAGUUGAAAUUGCGUGGAUACCAGUACAGGGGCUUAUUUCGUGGAUUAAAAAGUGCCUCUAUUUCGGGAACCCAAGGACAUAUCGCUUGGAAAAAUAAUUGGGAAACAUUUAUGGAUAGUAUGUUACAAAUGCAAAUUAUCGGAUAUGAUACUAGGGAAUUGUGUGUUCCUACGGGUAUUAAAAAAUUAGUGAUCAAUCCAGUGCUUCAUGCUUCGAAACUACGGGAUAACAUAAAUAAUGCAGAAGUUACAACAGACAUGGAUAAACUAUUACAGGUAAGAAUAUAUAAAGAGAUAGACACGAUAAAAGCUGGAGGAGUAGAGAUUCAAGGUCUGAUGGCUACUCAGAUCUCUCGCCGGAAAUUAGCCCAAGAUGCUGUUAUCGAGGAGCAUAUGUUUGUAGCUCAUUGUGAUCGUGCUAAGAUUUCUUUAAAUGAAGCAAUUCGAAUAUCGGCCCAACUCGUACUGGAAGAUCAUCAAAUUAUCAAAGUGCAAGCCACUGAGCUAGUGGAAGACGUCGAUGAUAUUGAAUUAGAAAAUCUUUCGUCUUCGUUGCUGCUUGAGGCAUUUGGUGACAUGCCAUUGAUACAAGUGAAUAUCACUCUAUUAACAUCAUCAAAUCGUUUCAGGCCAGAAGAUUUACCGCAAAACUUCUCAAUCAAAGAUUUUGAAAGAACAUCUUUAGACGAUAAAGCUUUAAUUGUUGCUGGAUUCAAUCUUUUGACCAAACAACUCGCUUCUUUAGAGCGACUGUUGCCAUUUUUGAGAGAUGGUGGUUAUCUAUUGACACGUGAAAAGUGCGAUUCAACUGAUUAUAAAAAACAUUUACAGCAAUACGAAUUAAAUGUUAUUCUCGAAAAACGCACUGAUAAAGAACUAGUUGUGCUUCUGAAAAAAAAAGCUUCGAUAAGAGAAAGGACUGUUGUUUACAUAAGUAAUGAUAACUUUAAUUGGCUGGAAAAUCUAAAGCACCUUGUGAGCGACGAGAAUAAGCUUAAUAGUAAUAGUAGAAUUAUAAUUGUUGGAGAGAAAAAUUUUGAGUGUGGUUUGUUAGGUUUUGUUAAUUGCUUGAGAAAAGAGCCAGGUGGAGAACUUGUUAGAGGUGUGCUCGUUCAAGAUGAGAAGGCACCUAAAUUCUCUCUUGAAGAUCCCUUUUAUCUAGAGCAAUUACAGAAAGAUAUGACCAUUAAUGUAUUGCGAUCUAAUAAAAGUUGGGGAUCGUACAGACAUUUAAAGUUACCUCAACCCAAAAUCAGAUCUGUACCUACCGCUCAUGUCUGUCAAACGGUUCGUGGUGACUUAAGUACAUUUUGUUGGAUAGAGAAUAAUCUAUCAGACGUGUGUUGUCGUGAGGAUUUGGUGCAUGUUGUUUACUCAUCUCUGAAUUUUAAAGAUAUAAUGCUCGCCACUGGUAAAUUAUUACUUCAAGAGGCGAUUUUACAAGGACGAUUAUUUCAGUAUCUUCCUCUUGGAAUGGAAUACGUGGGUUUCGAUGCUAACGGACAACGUAUAAUGGGAAUUCGUAACACUGAUUGUAUAGCAAACGUCAUUGAGAAAGAUGAUGAUCUUUGUUGGAACAUACCCGAUGCGUGGACAUUUGAAGAAGCAGCAACGGUCCCGUGCGUUUACAGCACGGUUUAUUUAGCCUUAUACUACCAAACGAAAGGUCGCGGCGUCGACAUUGUACUAAAUUCAUUGGCGGAAGAAAAGUUAAUCGCCUCUGUUCGGUGUUUAGCUCAAAACGGUCGAUUCUUAGAGAUUGGCAAAUUCGACCUUGUUUCUAAUAAUCCUCUAGGUAUGUCUGCGUUUCAGAAAGGUAUCAGUUUUCACGGGGUUAGACUGGAAAAUAUGAUGAUAAAAAAUAGGAUAUGCAAGUGGAAGCGUUUAUUGUUCACAUUGGUAAAAGAUGGUCUAUAUGAUGGAACAAUUAAACCAAUCCAAGCAAAAAUUUUUCUAAAAACCGAUAUUGAAGAAGCUUUUAGGUAUAUGGCGAGCGGAAAACAUAUAGGAAAGAUAAUUAUAAAUAUCCAUGAAAAGGAUGAACCUUUAGACAAGCACAUUUUCGCGUGUCGUCGAUAUUAUUGUCUCAGAGAUAGAAGUUACAUUAUACUAGGAGGUCUGGGCGGAUUUGGCUUAGAAUUAACCGACUGGCUUAUAUUUCGUGGCGCAAAGAACAUCGUUCUGAUUUCCCGAAAUGGAAUAAAAAACGGUUACCAACGCAUGAAAAUUCGACUAUGGAAAUCGUAUGGUGUAAAAGUUCUGAUCAUCAAAAACAUCGAUGUUGCUGACCUCAAAGAUUGCGAAUAUCUCUUACGGACUGCGGAAAAAGAAGCUCCAGUGGACGCGAUAUUCAAUCUCGGUGUGGUACUGAGGGAUGGCGUCCUUAAAAACCAAACCGCAGAAGCAUUUGCAGAAUCCUUCCAAUCGAAAGCUCGUGCAACGCAAACGCUUGAUAAACUUUCUAGGAAAAUCUGUCUUAACCUACGGCAUUUUGUAGUAUUCUCUUCCGUUUCCUGCGGCAGAGGAAACGCAGGUCAGACUAAUUAUGGCAUGGCCAACUCCAUUAUGGAAAGAAUUUGUGAAAAAAGGGCGGAGCAAGGAUUACCGGGAUUGGCGAUUCAAUGGGGAGCUGUGGGUGAUGUGGGUCUCGUCGCUGACAUGCAGGAGAUCGAUAAGGAACUAAUUAUCGGUGGCACUUUACAGCAGAAGAUAUCUUGCUGUCUUGACGAGCUCGAUAAGUUUUUACUUCAAAAUCGGUCGAUUGUGAGCAGCAUGGUUGUAGCCGAAAAAAAAGUGGGAUGUCACGGAUUGGGAAGUCUAGUAGAAACAGUCGCUAAUAUUUUAGACAUAAGUGACAUGAAGACUGUAAGUCCAAAUUUAUCUCUGGCCGAACUUGGAAUGGACUCCAUGAUGACCGUAGAAAUCAAACAAACUCUGGAACGAGAAUUUGAUGUAUUUCUUACAGCACAAGAGAUACGAAAUCUCACUUUCGCAAACCUCAUUAAGAUGUCCGUUGCAAACAUCAGUGACGAUAAUGUGCACGUUGAAAAGAAAAUUGGCAUAGAGAAAUCAGACGUUAUAAAAAUUUUAGUUGGUAUUAUGGUAAAAAAUGAAGAUUUUGUUUCUCAAACAGAUUUUUCGACCAACAGACAAAGUACUACGACUGAAGUAUUUCUUAUACCGGGUAUUGUCGGAUGUGGUUCUGUAUUUAAUCUCAUAGCACCAAAUAUUAAAUUUCCAACGUCGUCAUUGAAUUAUAGCACGAACAACAUAGAUUGUACAAACAUGAUAACGGAGACUACCAAUCGUCUUACAAACCACAUACUUUCAAAGCUAACAGAUGGAAAAGAUUUUAUAAUAGUAGGGUAUUCCUUCGGAUCUCUUAUUGCAAUUGAAGUAACAAGGAUGUUAGAAGCUAUGAAUUUUAAAGGCCGAGUUGUUCUCAUCGAUGGUGCUCCUGAGCUAGCACGAACAAUGUUCAAACCUUUUGAACCGGAUUUUGAUGAUGCAAAUUUUCAGAUUGAUAUAUUAACUAAUAUUAUUGAAAUCUAUUCAGCGGGAAGUUCCCAAGAGAUUUUAAUUGAAUUAAAAAAAUGUGAAACCUGGGAUAAACGAUAUAAAGUUUUUGCUAAACAAUUCUCAGCUGUAAACACAUCUCUCUCACUUGUUAAUUUAAAGACGCUGUGUGUAACUGUUUACAAACAUUUAUCCGCUCUUCGGCAAUAUGAUCCUUCUACAUUGCCGCCUAUUAAGUCUUCCAUAAUAUUGCUAAAAUGUACACACUUGUCAAAUAUGGUUGCGAUCGAAGAAGAUUUUUGUUUGCAUAAGGUAACUGAAAAUGUGGUAAAAGUACAUUACGUUGAAGGUGAUCAUGUGACGAUCUUGAAGAAUGAAAAAGUGACUGCUGCUAUUAACGGAGAAUUACCAUAUACAAUUUAA